CUCAUUCGAAAGGUUUUUGUGAAUUCCAUUACACUUUUAGUAUCACUUAUUUCUUCAAAGGAGAAGAAAAAACAGAAAAUGUCUGGCUGUAACUGUGGAUCUAGCUGCAGCUGCGGCAGCGACUGCAAAUGCGGCAAGAGGUACCCUGACCUCGGAAUAUCCGAGGAGAACACCACUGUUUCUGUCAUUGCUGGGUUUGCACCAACCAAGACGUACUUUCAGGAGGCGGAGAUGAGCUAUGGAGCAGAGAACGGCGGCUGCGACUGUGGCGCAGACUGCCAGUGCGGCUCGAGCUGCGCGUGCGGCAAAUGAUGGAUCAGAUUAUGAUCACAACAAUGCCCAAAAAGAACAAGAGUUCUCUCUAUAAAAAUAAGAAAUAAUAAAGGAAAAAAAAUGAUGUAGCACAAAUGUUUGGGGGAUUUUUGGGUCUAGUUUGGGUCUAGUUUUAUGAUAAAAGCGUUUGCUGUAAAUAAGACUGCCAUGGAAUUUUCUACAAAUCCCAUAUCCUAGGAUUUGUGGUUUUAUAUGUAUUCCAUGGCUAUUUCCAUGUUUGAUUUCUACUUUUUUUCAAUAGUUGUGUUUCUUUCCUGUGCUUUGCUAAUUUGUGUGUUUGAAGCGUGUUUGAGUUUGAAGUUAAAAGAAAAAGGACAAAUUGUCUACUA